AUAUAAGUAAUAGUAAAUGUAAGACGUAUUACGUGCGUGCGUUAUUAAAAUGUUUUAUUUUGUAUUAAUAGUUCUAAUAAUAGUGUUGUAUUUAUAUGGGACAAGAACUUUUGGAUAUUGGAGAAAAAGAGGUGUGAAAAAUGAUCCCCCUAUAUGUUACUUUGGAAAUAAUUUGAGACAGUUUCUACAACAAUUAAGCAUUGCGAUGUUGGCCACAGAAACGUACAGAAGAUACCCUGAAGAGAAAGUGGUGGGGUUUUUUAGAAGUACAACACCAGAAUUAGUUAUAAGAGAUCCAGAAAUAGCAAAAAGAAUAUUGAGUACAGAUUUUCAUCAUUUCUAUGCUAAGGGGUUUAAUCAACACAAGACAGUAACGGAACCGUUAAUGAAAAAUUUAUUUUGUGCCGAUGGAGAUUUGUGGAAAGUGAUUAGGAAGGGAUUCAGCCCAUCUUUUAGUUCAGGUAAAAUUAAAGCAAUGUUUUCAAUAAUAACUCAAAGGGCAGAAGACCUUCAAUUAUUAGCUGAAGAAAUUUCGAAAUUAGAAUAUUACGAUGUUCGAGAACUUAUGGCGAGGUAUACGACUGACUUUAUUGGCGUGUGUGGUUUUGGUAUAAAUAUAAAUUCGUUAAACCAAGAAAACUCAGAAUUUAGAAAACUGGGAAAAAGAAUAUUUCACAGGUCUUUUAGAGAUGCUAUUGCAGCGGCUGGGAAGUACAUGUUCCCAGAAUUAUGUAAAAAUGUGUAUUUUUUAUCACGCGAAAUAGAAAAUUCGAUGAAUUAUUUUGUCAAAGAUAUUCUAACAACCAGGAACUACAAGCCAUCAGGACAAAAUGAUUUUGUUGAUUUGUUGUUAGAAUUAAGACAAAAGGGAAAAUUGACAGCAGAAUCCAUAGAAUAUAAAGACAAAAAUGGCAAACCAAAAAUGAUUGAGCUGGAACUAGAUGAUAGUUUGCUAACUGCGCAAAUUUUUGUAUUUUUUGGAGGUGGUUUUGAAACAUCUUCUGUUGCGGCUAGCUUUAUAUUGCAUCAGCUUGCAUUACAUACGGACUAUCAAAAAAAAGUUCAAGCUGAAAUGGAUAAAGUAUUACCGAAAUAUAACAACAAGAUAACAUACGAAGCUAUUAAUGAAAUGACUUCUUUAGAAAAGACAUUUUACGAGGCGAUGAGAAUGUACCCACCUGUAGGUGUCCUGAUGAGAAAGUGCACAUCUCCUACGUAUACGAUUCCAGAAAUAGGUGUAACAAUAAAUGAGGGAGUUCCAGUUAUCAUACCUGUACAAGCUUAUCAUAUGGAUGAGAAAUAUUUUAAGGAACCAGAAAAAUUCGACCCAGACCGGUUUCGAUCUGCAAACGAUUUUAAGACUAACGUUUUCUUACCUUUUGGAGAUGGCCCUCGUACAUGUAUAGCUGCGAGAUUAGGAAAGCUUUUAGUCAUGGCCGGUGUUGCUGCUAUAUUACAGAAGUUUACCGUCGAGCCUUGUCCUUUGACUAAGCUGAAUCCGGAACCUCAACCUAUGGCAACUGUAUCUGAAAGUUUCGUUGGUGGACUACCACUUAAGCUAAGAAAAAGGGUCUAAGAGUUUGAUUAUAUAUAUGUUUUUAUUAUAAGGGUUUAAAAAAUAUAUUAAACAAUUAAAGACUCAUAUUAACACACUUAACUUUUAUUUACUUUAAUUAGAUGGUUAGCGAUGUGUCGUAUCCAUAAAUAUACAAACUUAUAAGAUUUCAAAUUAACAUGGUUCUUUUGAUUACAAAAUUAUUCAAAACGGGAUA